AUGGCACAUGUUGCUCCAAAUUGUAGCAGCACCAACUGUGUCGCGAACUGCGACGCAAAGUCGUACUGCGAUCCCGGAUACGGAGCCGAGUGGUCGGAGAUUGGGGAGUGCCCUUUGAGAGUUUGCUGCUCGACAUGGGGGUUUUGUGGGUUGACAGAGGAGUUCUGCGGUGACAAGAAGGUCAGGAGACCGUCCUGCGAAGCCUCCGAGGACUCAAUCCGUCGCGUUGUUGUCGCCAUCGGCGGCUGGGACUUCACUGAGCCGUGGAAGGCCACCCGGGACACAUUCUCGGACCUGGCGGCCUCUGAGACAAGCCAGCGAGCCUUCUUCGCGUCGUUGAUAUCCUUCAUGUCGAUGUACAGCUUUGAUGGAGUUGACAUUGACUGGGAAUAUCCCGCAGCAGAGGACCGGAGCGGCAGGUCAGAAGACUUUGCCGAGUACUGCGCCUCGCUGACCAAGCAGCCCAUCAACGGGUUUAUCACUAAGGCGCUUACGCAUUUCUUCAUCGACACUUCGAUAUUCACGUAAGGUUGUAAGAGUUUAUUCUAGUUAGGAGAUUCAAACGUAUAGUCAAUUCAAUUCAAG